UCCGUCUGUUAACGGGUUAUCCUGAGGCACUUCCGUCCCCUUCUGGAAUACCCUGGGGCUUAGCGAGAGGCCUGCGCUAGAUCCAUCCUGCUCUAGACCCCGCAGCGCCACCAGCUGACGCCGGGCCGCAGUCUACCCACCCGGAACGCUUGUCGCCUCCGGAUCUAGUAGUGGCCUGUCAUGCUGGAAACGACGAAAGCCAGACUGGCCGCCAGUGGCUCUUUUGGCUCAAGCCCCUUGGACUACCUUAUCAUCUCUUCGAGAAUGGAAGAUCUCAACUCAAGCAGGCCUGUUUGGAUCUAGAGCCCCUUCCAUUCGUCUCAAGCGGGCAUUUUUGGCUCUACUACCAGAGCCACUUUCCACUCUUCAAGCGGGCCAGUUGGUCGGGUUCCGAAUUUGGGCGCUCGCCGCGCCACGUGGCAAGCAGAGAGACCUUGAGUUGAGUUGAUCCUCGCGAUCAAUCGUCGUUCACCGAAUAGUCGUCCCCCAUAUCCCACACAUUCGCACAAGUCGUCCUCCCACCCACACACCUCCCACCCGCAUCAUCGGCAAUCGCCCCUGCCAAUCGCACGCCACGAAAAUCCGGGUGGACCCGGAGUCGCUCGCACCGGGCCGUGCCCGCCGCACAGACGGGCUCGUUCGUUCGCGCCUGCGUGCCAUCCUCUCGUCACGUUUUGCGGCGCUGCCUUGCCGCGUAGUAGGCACCCACGAGUCGGAGUCGGAGUCGUCUCCUUGCGGCGGCAGUCUCUCAAGCUCGCCCGCUCUGCUGCCUUCUGCCCACAGACAGUCUUGCUGGCUUAUUCUGUGGCCCAUUGCAGUCAAUUGAACUUGUCUGCUCUGACGGCGGCAGAGCAGGGUGGGCUUUGCUGUCGCGGCUGCUGGUCUGCUGCGAAGUCAAGUUAUGCCCGGCUGCGCUGGGCUUGUCAAUGGAACUCGUCUGCUCUGCUGCCACUGGCGAAGCCGGGCAGUGAGUUAGGGGUGGUUCAAGCCGAAUGGCUCUCGCGACGGCGAUUAGGGUCGUGCGAAUGGCUGUCAUCAGCCACGUUGAAACCCUCCUAGGCUCCCUCCCCUCCCCGCGGGAAAAUCAUGAGCGCGGAUGCCGCGCGCGAUGAUAGUCAAGGGCCAAGGUCAAGCGUUCUGUCCCCCGGGGACUCUCCUUCCCCCCCCACUGACUGCUCCAGUAGGGUUGGGGAGGAGGGCAUUCCGCCGAGGCCCCCUCCUCUUGCACGCCCCCCCCACCGUGGGGACUCUCCCUCUCAUGGGGUCCGUGAGGUAUUUAAUCUCCCCUCGGCCUCUCCUUCACCACAGCCUUCGCUCUGAGUGAGAGCCUCUGAGCCUCUGCUGGCAACAUAACUUAUCGCAAACCACUGCUAGUACUACCCGGGGAGACCCCUACUAGUACUACCUCGAGAUCAUCAUGGGUCGCCUCGUGCUCGCUGCUGCACUGCUCGCCCUCAUGCUCUCGGCCUGUGCGCCCAUGGCUGCGGCCAUCCGCCUGCCGACGUCCGGCGCCUGCCCCUGGGGGAAGGGCAGGGACGUGUCAGGCAAUUGCGCUGACACGUGUGCGCUACGCAACUGCGGCGCCAACUCCAGGUGCCUCAAGGACGAGGCCGGCUGGGCCAACUGCGUGUGCCUCAGGGGCUUCCAGCUGCUGCCUAAUGCCAGCUGCGCCCACUCGUGCGCCAUCUUGGUGUGUGACGUGCAUGCCACGUGCGUGAAGGAGGAGGACAGCCUGGCCACGUGUGUGUGCAACUGGGGCUACGCCAUGACCCCUGAUAACGGCUGCGUUGACACCUGCGUUCUCAAGAGCUGUGUUGGGAACGGCACGUGCCAGAAGGACGUCAAUGGGACGGCGUCCUGUGUUUGUGGCUGGGGCUCCACGCUGCAGCUUGACAAGAGGACGUGCGCAGACAACUGCGAGAUCCAGAGCUGUGGCGCGAAUGGCCAGUGCCAGAAGGACGCUGCUGGAGCGGCAUCCUGUGUUUGUGACACGGGCUAUACGCUGCAGUCUGAUGGCAGGACGUGCAAGGACAACUGCGAGAUCCAGAGCUGUGGCGCGAAUGGCCAGUGCCAGAAGGACGCUGCUGGAGCGGCGUCCUGUGUUUGUGACACGGGCUAUACGCUGCAGUCUGAUGGCAGGACGUGCAAGGACAACUGCGAGAUCCAGAGCUGUGGCGCGAAUGGCCAGUGCCAGAAGGACGCUGCUGGAGCGGCGUCCUGUGCUUGUGACACGGGCUAUACGCUGCAGUCUGAUGGCAGGACGUGCAAGGACAACUGCGAGAUCCAGAGCUGUGGCGCGAAUGGCCAGUGUUACAAGAACGAGACUACUGGAGAGGCGUUCUGUGUUUGUGACGAUUACUACGUGCUGCAGGGUGACGGCAGGACGUGCACUGAUAUCUGUAUCGUCAAGGACUGUGCUGUCAGUCUUCCCAAUUCUCACUGCGUCAAGGCCAACCUCACUGCAACCUGCGAAUGCAACAAGAAGUUCGCCCUGUCUGAGGGCACAUGCCAUGACACGUGCGAGCUCAAGGCGUGUGUGAACGGCACAUGCAGCCAGGACGAGGAGACUGGAGAGGCGUCCUGUGCUUGCUACCCCGACUUUGAGCUGCAGUCUGACAACAGGACGUGCAUUGAUAUCUGUGUUCUCGCCAACUGUACGGCCAACUCCUAUUGCGUCAAAGAGGCUGGCAAGCCAACCUGCCCCUGCCUGAAGGGAUUCGACAAGUCAGGGGACCUUUGCGUCGACACGUGCGAACUGAAGGGCUGUGUGGACGGGGAAUGCUUCAAGUACGAGGAGACUGGAGCCGCAUACUGUGUUUGCAACGCCACUGCUGGCUUGGCGCUGCUGCCUGAUGAGACGACGUGCCAGGAUGCGUGUACUACCGCGGCCUGCGACGACAAUGAUGCCAAUCGCGAGUGCAUCAGGAAUCCAGAAAAUCCAGCUGAUGUUCGCUGUGAAUGCAAGACCAACUACACGAUGUUUGAGGGCAAAUGCACUGAUGUCUGUGUUAUUAAGGAGCCUGAUUGUGCAAGUGCCGAUGUCAAUUCCACUUGUUACAAGAGAGGCGGCCAAGGCGUGUGUGAUUGCAAGGAGGGAUAUGCACUUUCAGAGGAUGGCAAAUGCACGGACACCUGUGACCUGAAGGGCUGUGUGGGCGGCACGUGCAACAAGUACCUCGAUGGGAUGGCAUACUGCUCCUGCGACGCUGAUGCUGGCUUCGUGCUGCUGGCUGAUCAGUUGACGUGCGAACAUGUGUGUAUCAGCAAGAACUGCGAAGCCAAUGAUCCCAACUCCUAUUGCACCUGGACCCGGGAGAACGGUGCAAGCUGUCCUUGCCAGCUCAAAUUCCAGGAAUCAGCAGGCAAAUGCACUGACACUUGCGAGCUCCAGAAGUGUGGUGAGCACAGCGAGUGCCAGUAUCAUGACGAUGGAUCGGCAUACUGCGUUUGUGACACUGGCUUUACGCUGCAGCCUGAUGGCGUGACGUGCAAAGAUAACUGUGCCAUCCUGAUGGAAUCGGCGCCUUGCACUGGUGUCAACGAGCAGUGUGGCACGGACCCCACCACUGGGGUUGCCUCCUGCGUGUGCAAGCCUUACUACCACAGGAACGCAGGCACUUGUGUUAACAAAUGCUUCGAGCCUGUUCUGUUUCACUGUAAGGACGACAAGAAGACUGGCUUACCACUCGCGGAAUGCGUGAGGAGGGUGGACGGGAACCCGUUUUGUAUGUGCGAAGAGAAGGUUGACCCGAAGACUGGUAAUUGUAUUGUGGUGAUCCCCGGUUCCCCGGACCAGGACUACGUGAAUGCCACGUGGCCCGCAGCCACGUGGCCGGCACCGUGAGAGUGCUGCUGGAAGGUGGAAGCACAGGAGAGUGGGGUGCUGCUGGAAGGUGGAAGCACAGGAGAGUGGGGUGCUGCUGGAAGGUGGAAGCACAGGAGAGAGGGGUGCUGCUGGAAGGUGGAAGCACAGGAGAGUGGGGUGCUGCUGGAAGGUGGAAGCGGAGGAGAGCUGGGUUGCUGCUGAAAGAGAGGAGAGCGUUGAUCCGUGUGCUGGCCUUCGGUGAUAGUCUGCUUUCGUUUUGCUCAGUCCCUCUUGUUGCUUUCUGUUUGUUUCUUUAGUUAUCAUCAAAUGUUUUUGGUUUGUGGUUCCUGUUUGUCUUGGUAGUUAGUUCAUCGCUUUCGUUUGUCUUGUAUGAGUUCUUUCAAAUAAAAGAGUGAAACAUUU